ACUACAACAGAGUUUUUUGCUCUCUUGACCGUCGAAAAGUGCGACGCCGCGUCUCUCCUCGCCGUUCUUCUGGCUCACUUGCAAGCAACUGGCAUCGACCUCUCCCGAAUCACCGGCAUGAGCACCGACGGCGCCUCUGCCAUGGUCGGCCGAGACAAUGGUCUCGUCGCCCGACUUUGCGAGCACAUCCCCCAUCUCGUCUCUUUGCACUACAUCGCACACAGGGAAGCCUUGGCGGUGAAGGACGCCGCCACUGUUUCUCCAAACUUCGACAUGGUCGACCUUGUGAUUUGAACUCUGGCCGAUCUUCACGUUCAUGUGUCUGGAGUCAACGCUUCAAGUACCUGCAGCGGGCAAUACACAACACCAACCUUCAAGUGCAAGGAAUUCACACCGUGCGCUGGCUUUCAAGGGGUGAGGCUGUGCGGCGCCUCUGUAAGGUCCUUGGCACCACUAUUAUUCUGUUUCAUGAGUACGGGCAUGAGCUGUGUGAAGUCGUCAUCUGUUACAAGUUUCAGUUCUGUCUUUUUUUCCUGGCGGACGUGCUCGGAGUGAUGAAUGAGCUCAACCUCAAAUUCUAGAAGAGGGAGGUCGAUGUCACCGAAGUGACGAAGGACAUCGACGAGGCGACAGGGGACCACCGCCACCGCUACCUGGAGUGCGGAGAGGUGUUCGGUGGGGGGAUCGAAGGCACGUGGCUUUUGGCUUUCUUGGCCGUCUACGCGCACGGAGGGAACAAACGCGUAAAGGUGCGGGGCAUCGACAAGGACGGCAGCCCAGUCAUGCACACCUACACCAUGCACGAGAAGCAGAUCGAUGGGCAUGCCUUCCGCAGCAAUUACCCCGAUUGCGAGCGGCUCUGCACGGAGUUCGUGAAGGACACGAUAAGCUUCCUGAAGACGAGGAUGCUGGACCUGAACAAUCUCGGCCCGAUGAAGCUCUUCUGCGUGUCGAAGUGGCCUCGGAUGAAGCAGCAGAGAGAGAAGAGGCUGAAGGAGUAACUACAUGGCUGCAAUGCCUUUUUCGACAACAGGCUGACAGGAUUUUCCUUGCAAGCUGCGCAGAAGGAGCUGGUUACGUGGGCGCCACUGAUGCUGAGCCACCAUGCCGACGAGGGAUUCCAUCAAGGCCUGACGAACUACCUCGGCUCGACGGAGUCGACCUUGCGCUGGCCCAACCUCAUGCGAUUGUGGCAGGCGUGCGUUGUCCUGCCGCUUAGCACAGUGGAGUGUGAACGAGGCUUCUCGCGGCAGAACGUCAUCAAGUCAUGGGUGCGGGGCGCGUUGUGCAAUGCGCGCCUCAGCGAGCUGAUGGUCAUUUCCCUGCUGCAGUAUGAGUUUGGCUGGGACGAGGCCCUUGAGUGUUGGCGCGAGAAGUUGAGGCGCCCUGCUAAGUCUGUUUUGUUUGCCUCAGCGGAGAGGAAGCAGGACGAUGUGAACAUGGAUGGCCCAUAAUUUUAGUUAAGGGUAGCUAGUGGCGUGGAAUCUUGUAAAGUCUAGACUAGAUAGAGGACUUUACUGAAUUUGUAGACUGGCGUAGUGGUGCUUUUGCUAAACUACUAGCUGUACAAUCCUAACGUUCUCUU